AUGGAGCUCUUUAAGGAGAUCUUACCAGGAGUUAGAGAAACUGUAUGCAACGCAUCGCCCACCCAGAUUCAAGCACUGUUGAACCUCAUGUUGGAAGGACGAGUCAUAUCUAAGGAAUACCACCAGACGUUGCUUCAUGAAAGAGACAGGGAUGAUCUAGCAAGGAAAAUUUCACUGACCUUUGUGGAAAAAUGCGCCAUGCAAUUGAAUUGUCAAGAUGCCAUAAGCACUGCGUCAGCGAGGACUAGAAUCUUGAGUGAUAACACAAUGGACCCAGGAAUCCUAGCUGGGAAGAGCUACUUGGAACUGCUGUAUGGUGACGUCGACCUUCCAGUUCUGUAUAAGCAAAUAGCAGAAACAGAUCAACCUUCUGACAAUAUCAUUGAUGAUCAGGACAACAAUCCUGAUGUCUUUUACACAGUGGAAAGUGAUGAGAGUGGGGAGAAAGUCUGCCUGUGUUCAGACACAGGAGAGGCCUAUGACAAAAUAGCUGCCUUGGCUGAAUACUUACUGAAAGACCAGCAAGAGAAACCAGAGGAAGAUCUGUUUGGAAGCCUCGUUUCAGACGAGACAGCCGCUGAACGCCCAGGGGGAUGCACAGAGGCGAAGAAACGGCGCAGCUGUUCUGAUGCCCUGGAAGCCAAACGAAGGAAAGUCGUGCAUUCACCAGCUCUGUGCGUCAUCAAUGCCGACUCCAUCACUAUCCCUCUGGGUUGUUCCCCAGUCUCGCAGUCCAACUUCCACGUACAGUUUUCUGUGACUACCAUCAGUCCUGCAGGAAGACCUCCAAAAGCAUUUGAGCCUUCAGAAACUCCUAACUUGGGAUACUGCCCGCUCAGCAUGGAAGAUAUUCAGGUGAUUUUGGCCUUUGCACCUCUUGCUCAGCAUGUGGAUUUUCCUGCUGGACCAGAUGUUGCUGACAUUAACACCUGUCCUGGUGAAGUGGAGGUUGACAGGAGACCUGAAACCCCACCUGUCCAUUCUGAGCAAGCAGACAAGCUACCAGACCACGCCGAAGCUUUUUGCAGGAGGCUAAAAAGCCACUUCAGGGACGCAUGCAGAUUUGUGCCAAUGGAGCGAGAGGUCUCCCUGGACCAUCUUUACAUCGAAAGUGGCAUGGUGCAGUGCCCCACAGAAAGCAGAAAUACCGGGAGAAGUGCCGAACUGCGGCCCUGCGACCCCAGAGAGAAAGGGAAGGCCACUGUGGAGAGGAGCCAGCUCUUUCAGCUGCCAUGGAAGAACAACUCGAGAACCAAAAUCGUCCUCAUCUUCGGAAAAGCAGGAAUGGGGAAAAGCCUGUUGGUCCAAAAGAUCUGCCGAGACUGGUCCGAUGGCAACUUGCCCGAAUAUGACUUCAUCUUCCGGUUUGAUUGCCGGAAGCUGAGCCUUCUCCUUGAAGAUCGCUACAGCCUCAAACACCUGCUGUUUGAGCUCUCUGAUGGAUUCCGAGAGGGUAAUGACGAAGUCUACAAGUACAUAUUGCAGUGCCCGGAGAAGGCCCUUCUUGUUUUUGAUGGCUUUGAAGAGCUGAAGGAUCAAGAUGGCUUUACAGCUUGCUCAGACAGCCCACCCUACAGGGAGCCCUUGGGCAUUGGAGCAAUCUUGGCCGCCAUCUUCCAGAAGAAGGUUCUCAACGGUUGCACUUUGUUACUAACAGCACGGCCCAAGGACAAGCUGCACCAGUAUUUAUCCAGGAUGGAUGCAGUCCUGGAAGUGGUGGGAUUCUCCAUGCAGCAAGCUGAGUUGUUCCUCACUCGAUAUUUUGAAGGAUCCCCCUGCUAUGGAGAGGCGGUGGAUUUAAUAAAGAACUGUCCUUAUCUCUUCAGCCAUUGUUACAAUCCUGACCUGUGUCGGUUCAUUUGUGAAACUGUCUGUGAAAUGGGAGAUGAAGAACUACCUUCUACUCUUACCAGCCUCUUUGUCAAGUUCCUGCUCCAAAAGCUGGCUCAUUCGGCAAAGAAAGGAGCUCCCCAGAGGCACCGGAAUAUUGCUGGUUUAGCCCAGGUGGCCUGGUCUUUUGGACAAAAUCACCAAAAUGCACUCACGAGCUAUCAGUUCCCUUCCACAGAAGUGAUGGAGUUUGCUCUGAACUAUGGACUAGUGGUACCCUUCACAUUCCCAGAAAAUUCAAGCAGCGGAAAACAGGAGUGUGGGUAUGUCUUCUCCAGCUUUGUGGUCCAAAAUUUCCUAAUUGCACUGCAUCUGGUACUGGCCAAAGAGAUCAAGGACAAGAUACUCACCAAAUAUCUUCGGUUGCUCACCAAGUCAAAGAAGUUUCUCUCCUCGUGGGACCUGGUACCUCGUUUCUUGUCUGGCUUAUUGUUUUUGAGGGAAAGUCUAAGCUCCUCUUUCCAUUUUGGAGAGGAAGGGGACCUGGACAUUGAGAAAAUGGUCACCAAGAAGCAGAAAAGUCUCUCGAAAUACAUCCGAAAACUCAAGAUAAGGGAUUUCGGUCCAGACAAGUUGCUUGAGCUUCUCCACUGUGUCCAUGAAACAGGAGACCAGUAUCUUUUGAAGCACUUGGCACUAGAAGUCAGAUCUGAUCUCUCUUUCUUGGGUUUUCCUCUCACCCCUUCCAAUGUCUAUGUCCUCCACUCUGUCUUAAGAAGAUCCACAAGGGAGUUUGCUUUAGAUUUGAGAGGAAGCACCAUAAACUCAGAAGGCCUCAGACAGCUGGUCAUUCUGAAGAAUGUUACAUCGUUCAGGGCAUCUCUCAGCGAUGCUGUCCAGCUCUGGAGACACUUGUGGGAAGCCCAAGAAGGAGAGCAGCUGCAGUCAGCCAUGGAGAAAUUCAUUGUCGUUCCAUUCAAAGCAAAGACAAUGAAGGACAUUGAUGAUCUCUCUGCUCUUGUCCACACGCAGGAGCAACUCUCCAAGAGCAAGGUGGAUUCAGCUGGCAGCAACACCCGCCUCAUUCCGGCUGUCACAGAGCUUAGACAACUAGAAUUCACAUUGGGGCCUGCCUGCAGCUUGAAGGGCCUCCAGAAGUUGGUGGGACUCCUGGUUGCGUUUCCAGCUCUUCAACAUCUAGACUUGGAUUCUCCCAAUGAAAAUGAAAUUGGAGAUGAAGGAGUGACGAGCCUCAGCAGUGUCCUUCGGCAAUUGACCUCCCUGGAAACGUUGAACCUGUCACGGAACAAGAUAACAGAUCUGGGUGCAGAGCAGUUGGCAAAAGCACUGCCCUCGUUGCCUUCACUGAAGACGCUUAGCUUGUACAAUAACAGCAUUGGAGAUGCCGGAGCAGAACAUUUUGCCAAAAUUCUCCCCGAGAUGGCUUCUUUGAGAGUGCUAGACAUACAUUGCAACAAGAUAACAGCGGCUGGAGCCCAGCACCUGACGAACAGUUUGAGGAAAUGCCCCCGCAUCCAGAGUGUGGCAUUGUGGAACCCGACUAUCCCGCACAGAGUUCUGGAUUAUCUGCGGCAGCUGGAUUCUCGAAUCCGAUUGCUCUAGAUCCAGCAAAACCCAGUGACAAAGAAGGUUGGGAUUUUGAUGCAUCCUUCCAAGGUGGAAAAGGAAACAGACACUUCAUAUUCAAUGCUGCAUGAAUGAAAACUCUGCAACAUCUGGUAGCAGAUGUCUCUGUUCUGAACUGGAUUCGGAGCACCGCUUGAUGUGGUUUUGAGAAGCAACUGAACCAUGCAAAUCACAAGAAUAUACAAACAAAUCUAGAACGCAGCUUGUCCAAUGUAGUCUUAUGAAUGGACUGUGAAGGGGGUGCAACAUAUUUUUGUAUACAUGAGCUUUUUUUUAUUUGACCAUUGUAGAUUCCACCUCCCACAUACACACGUAUCUGUGAGAGUCAACCCUGGUGUACAGUUUGUAUUAUC